AUGCGGUUGCAUCUCAAACGACUAAUGCAUCCCCGGGAUGAACGUCUUAACGAUGUUCUUGGAGACGUCAUCACGUCGCCACCCGCAUGGCCAGCACAGCAUCUUCUUUCGCACCGCCACAACCUCGAUGGCGAAGUCGCACUCGUUUUCGACAAGGGCAGGCACCACCACGUUCCCCAUCCCUCCUCAGCCAGAGUCGGGUCCGCUGCGAAUUUGUUCACUGCCACAUUCCAGCGACAACGUGACACCACCGCUAGCUCCUUUUCAGCAUCGCUGCUGGCGGCAGAGGUUGCCAGCUGGCGGCCGCCUGCGGUCGGAGCGGGGUGCAGCCACGUCGGCCCCAAGCGCGGCCGGCUCGGGUUUGGCUUGGGCGGCCGCCCCCUGGGCCGGCCUGCUGUUUCGGCAGCCAGCAAGGACGAGGAGGGGGAGGCGGGCAGCAUGCACCUCACGUUCGCGUAUGGCUCCGCCGUGACGCAGUUUAGCGACCGGCGGAUCAGGGUGCGCGUCGUGCCCGACCAGGAGCAGGCCGGCCGCGGGGAGGUGGGGGAGGCGGCCGCGGCAGGGCAGGACAAGGGGCAGGGGCCGGAACAGGGCCCCCCUACCACGGACGCAGCGGAGCAGCAUGUGGCAGCAGACCUGGAGAUGCAGCCUAAACCCGAUCACGACCCAGAAGGUGGUGGCGGGUACGAGCUGCCUGUGUCCAGCCUGGUGCUGGCCGCUCGCUCGCCCUACUUCCGCCAGAUGCUCUCUUCCGACUGGCAGGAGAGCGGUUCCAAAGACCGCCCCAUCGAAGUGGCGCUCUGCCAGGAAGGUAGAAAUUUUCCGCAGGCAAAGAAUCUCUUCGUUAUUUUCACGUUCCGUUGCUCUCCGACGCCCGAUCAUUACCUGCAGAGGCGGCCGUCUUCCCGCAUCUCAUCGAGUAUCAUGUACCGCCGCAAAAUCCCCGCCGCGGUGCAGGACAAGGAGGCGCUCUGCUGGCUUCUCCAGGUGGCGGACCGCUUCGAGACGCCGGCGUGCGUGGGCCAGUGCGUGGCGCGCCUGCUGAGCACGGCCGUGACCCUGCCCGACGCGGCCCUAUACGUCGCCCUGCCGCAGCCCCUCAAGACGCGCCCCGCGUUGCGCCGCCUCAUGGACGCCGUGUGCGCGCUCACCGGCUGGUCAUACGACGAGGUGACGCGCGCGGACAGCCUGGCCGCCAUGUCCUUCGAGCGCAUGGUCGAGCUCGCGCACACGCUGCGCGGGCAGGGCGAGCACGCGGAGGCGCUCUUGCAGCUGCUGCUGGAGUGGCUGCGGGCGGACGCCGCGGCGCGGUGGAACAGCUUCUCCGUCCUGCUGCCGCUCCUGGAAGUUCCCGGCCAUGAGCGCAUCGUUCCUGCGGGAGGUGGAGCGCUGCCCCGAGCUGAGCAGCCCCGAAAGGCGCGCGCUCCUCAAGUAUGCCCGAACAAAAGCGGCUCCGCCGAAUGCGGUCGACGUGCAGGUCGUCCCGCAGGACGGGCUGGCAGCGCAGGCGCCUGCAGGCGCGCCUGCCGCAGCAGCCCCAGGACAACCUCCACAGAGACAAAAUGGGCGUCCGUGCUUAAUCAUGCUAAUCCUAGUUAUCGUGGCUAUCUACAUAUGCUUGUUUAUAAUGGUCAACGAUAA